GUGCGACAACCCUGGCAGCAGGAAAAGGUUCUUCGGCCGAAACGAAAAAUAAAGAACAAUAAAACGAUUUGUGGGCCCGCAGCAAAAGGGAUCGCCAGCGCCGUGCCAAUCGGUGACCUCUCGCCCCCGUGCCCCGUGACCUGUGACCCCGCGAGCGUGCGUGUUUCAGUGUUAAUUUGUUGGAGCACCAAAAUUGGAGCAGGAGCAGGCAGCGUGUAAAAACUUGCGGAAUUAUCGUGGCACCGCGCGGAGAAAGAGAGAGUGAGAAGGGAGAGAGAGAAACCGAGCGAGCGAGCAAGAGAAGAGAGAGAUUGCCGCACGCAUAAAAUAUGAUCAAAUUGCAAAAUUGAUUUCAAUUGGCCACUCAACAAAAGCAAACAGCAAGUUCAAUGUUUGGCGCCUGCUGCGACUCUUGAGACUCGUUUAAGCCACAAAUAAUACCAAUCAGGACCUGAGCCAAGUUCCGAACUGAGGCUUUUUGGCCAUGGCGCAGCAAACGCAGCCGCAGCAGCAGGCAGCGCCGCCCACGUCGACGGCGGCCACUACGGCGGCGGGAUCUGGACACGGAUCCGGAGCACCAGGUGGAGGAGGUGCAGCAGGAGCUGGUGGCGGAGCAGUCACGCCCAUCUCAACGCCCUCGACGCCACAGCCGGCUGGAAGCAGCAACAGCAACAACAACAACAACAACAACCUGGUUUCACCCUCCGGGAAUAACAAUCUACUGACGCCCGUCCAGGCCUUCACACCGGCCGGACAGCCCGUGUACAAUCCACCCGUAUACAUGUCCGCCCACGGAGGACAUCCGCACGCCGGAGCCCACUAUCCGGCCAUGAUCCCCGCUCCGACGCCCAGCAGCACUGUCUACGUGAACAACGUCACUGCCAAUGUGAAUCUGCAUGGCUGGCCGCACACAGUGCCCGCCUAUCUGCCGGCCGGAGGUCAGCACCAUUACAUCGGACACGGUGACAUGCCGCAGGAGCAGGGCAACACCGUGAUGCCGCAUCUGCAGCCCUUGCCCAUCAACUUGGCUCCCCAGGGAGGCUCUCCGAAUCCGCACACUCCUGGUAUGGGUGGACAACGGCCGCGGGGACGCGGACGUCAACGUGGAGGCGGUGGACCGCGACGCAAUGACUACCAUGGGCCACGUCAUCUUCAGCAGCCGCAGCAGCAGCAGCUGAUCACCCUGCCGCAGCAGCAGCAACUGCCGCCGCCGGACGGAUCUAAUCCCGGAUUGCAGCUGCAGACCGACCAGAUGGGUCAGCAGAUGCCGCCGCCCGAGGCGCAUAUGCAGCACCUGCCGCAGUACUACGCCCAUGCUCCACAAGCCUACGCCUAUCCAUAUCCCUCGCCCUACUUUGCGCCACAGCAUGCGAAUCUGCAGCCUCCGCCGAAUCCCACGGCUGCCCAACAAGCCACCGGAUCACCGCUCUUCAUCUCCGGUCCGGUGAUGUACAAUCCGGCGUGGUUCAAUCCUGGCGGAUAUAUCUAUCCCAUGAUGCAUCCGGCUGAGUACCAGUACGUGCCGGAAGAUGCCGGCCAGUCUGGUGUGGAUGAGCGGGUCGCCCAGCAGGACGGAGGAAUGACCCAAAUCUGGCAUACGGCACCCAUGUACGCCGAGGAUUUCGAAGUGCUGCAGCAGCAGCAACAACAGCAGCAGCAGCAGCAACAGGUGGCACUACAUCCCAAUGGCGGAGUGGCCCAUGUGGGCGACGAGCUCAACCACAACAGCUCCUCGCUGCCCUCGUCGGAAACGUCGAGCAUGCUCAGUCCGAAUUACCCCAUCUACGAUCCCCAGAUGCACGAGAUCCAGCACCAGAUGGGUGUGAUGCAGAUCUUUGAGGAUGGCCAGCUGGCAGCCCUGCAGCCGAUUCAUCCAGGAGCAGGUCCUAUGCCGCAGUACGAAGACGAAAUUGCUGAGUGCGGAGCUCCGCCGCCUGGCGCUAUUCCCGUGGCCUGGACUGCUGCCAUGCCCCUGCCACCGGAAGGCGUCCAGCCAGCUCUGCUGCCCCCGCCGCAUCACAUCUUGCAGCAGACAUCGCCAGUGCUAAUCGAACAGGCUCCCCCGCCGCAGCCCCCAACACCAACUCCGCCUCAACAGCAACAGCUACAGCAACAUUCGCAAGCGCAUCAGGAGCAAAUGGUUGAAAAGAGUUUGAUAAACAACAACAACGAGGUGGUGGCCUUGGAUGAAAAGUUGGCCAACGAGAAGCAGCAGCAAAUUGAAUUGGAGUUCCAUCAGCAACAACAGGAGCAAUUGCAGCAGCAGCAACAGCAACAGCAAGAACUGCAUCAACAGCAGCUACAACAACAGCAGCAGCAGGAGUUACACCAGCAACAUCAUCAGCAACAGCAGCAACAUCAACAAUUACAGCCGCUUCAAAUCGAAAAACCGCCAACAAAAGUGCCAAACCUUGUAGUAGCUACAGUGGCACCUCAACUGCAACAGCCACCACCGCAGCAGCAGCAGCAGCAACAGCAUCAGCCAGCACCGCAGCAACAUCAGCAGCAGCAAACAUCGCCGGUUGUAGUGCCACAGCAGCAACAACCACAGCAACAGCAGACCAGCUACCAUGAGCAACAUCAGAUGCCGCAGCAGCAGCAGCAACAACAACAACAACAGCCGCAGCCUCAGCGCAAGCCACCGCAGCAAUACAAUCAAUCACAGCAGCAACAGGUGCGUCGCAAGUACUCCUCGGAGUACAGUCACCAUCAUCACCAGCACGGCAGCAGCGAUACGGGCAUCCAGACCACCAAGACCAUGUCCUGGACCAAUUCUGCUCAGCACAAGAAGUCCACACAAUCGGUUUCGGUCACCGCUUCGCCCAACAAUGUGAACAACGGAUCGGCAGGAGUGAGUGUUGCUGCCAGUGGCACAGUGGGCAAAUCCAACUACAGUCACACCACAAAGACGUUCACCAACCAGCAGCACUACCAGCAGCAGCAACAACACUACCAGAAUCAGAACAACUACAACAACAACAACAACAGUGGUGGCAGCAGCAGCAAUAAUAGCAGCACCAGUUCGAACAGCAGCAACAAUCAGCCGCAGGUGCGCACCUAUGGCACCAUGAAGGUGCCCUCAUCGCCGGUGGCGAGUACAGCUCCCACGCUGGAGCGUAAGAACAGCCAACAGGGAGCAGCAGCCGCACCAUCGGCAACAACAACCGCCGCUGCAACUGCAACGCCUGUGGCAAUCACAACAGCAACUACCUCAACGGCCAGCAUUACGGCUGCCCCAAAUCAAUUCCAACAGGAGACUAGCAACAUAAGUGCACCACUAGCUGUACCACAGCGGCAACAACAUCAGCCUGCACCACAGCAGCAACAUGUGCCCACAGCAGCAACAGCAGCACCACCACCAACCAAAUCUUACAGCAGCUAUGCCACCAAGAAGCAUCAGAGCUAUGAAACCGUGGCCCUGAGCUCCGUGGUGGCCUCCAGUUCGUCAGCCAACCCGCAACCACCGCUGAAUCUGGCCCCACCUGCACCACCAGCAUCGCAGAGCAGCAGCGACAGUGCCCAGCUUUCGUGGGCCAGUCUCUUUGCCAGCAACAAGCCCGUGGCCAAGGUGGCGCCCUACGAGGCCAGCAAGCCACUGCAGCAGCAGCAGCAACAGCAACCACAUCCAGUGCUCCAAUUGGCUCCACCGCAGCCAGUCCAAGUGGCAGCUGCUGCUCCAGUUCUUCAGUUGGCACCGCCGCCGCCGCAGAGUUUGCCACCUCUGCCCACGGCUCACCAGCAAUCGCAGUUGCCGGCUCCUGUGCCGGCGCCAACCACUCCGCUGUUCACCCCCGGAGCACUCUCCUAUUCGGCGGCCUCUGCUCAGGCUGUUCCGGCGCCCAGUCCCGCCUCCGCUUCUGUUAAACCUUUGAAGCCGGAACCCCAGAGACCGGUGCAACAGCACCUGGACGAGUGGACCAACAAGUACGCCGAGUAUCUGACGCGCCAUAAGACCAACUUGGUGCCGAUCAGUCUGCGUCCGCGGGGACUGACCAACAGGUCCAACUACUGCUACAUCAACUCCAUCCUGCAGGCCCUGCUCGGCUGCUCCCCGUUCUACAACCUGCUGCGCUCCAUUCCCAAACAGGCCGCUGUCUUGAGCGAGGUCAAAACGCCCACUGUGAAUGCCAUGAUGUCUUUUAUGACCAACUUUUCAUCGCUGCCCAGCGGACUGCGGCUGCGUCUGAACAACCUCAACAAGGGACCCCAAAGCAAGGGCAAGGAUGAGUUUGUGGGAUCCGAUCUGCAGUGCGACAUGGCCUUUGAGCCCACAGAGAUCUACAAGCUGUGGAACGACAGUCGCGAGGAGCAUGUCGAAGGUCGCCAGGAGGAUGCCGAGGAAUUCCUGGGAUAUGUGCUCAACAAGCUCAACGAUGAGAUGCUAGAGGUGAUUAAACUGAUUGACAAACCCACAUCCCAGCAAAAUGGCCAGGAACCGCCGGAGCCAGAGGAUGGCGGCGAUGUCUGGCAGAUGAUUUGCAACAAUCGUAACAAGGGCAGUGUCACCCGGCAAACCGACUUUGGACGCACUCCCGUGAGCGAUAUAUUCCGGGGAGAACUGCGUUCUCGGCUGCAACGCGAGGGAGAACACUCCACGGAUGUGAUUCAGCCUUUCUUUACGCUUCAACUGAACAUCGAAAAAGCUGCUUCGGUGAAGGAGGCGCUAGAGAUCCUGGUGGGUCGCGAUCAACUGGAGGGCGUGACCGGCAGCAAGACCAAGCAGGAGGUGGUGGCCUGGCAGCAGAUGACACUGGAGAAGCUGCCCGUCGUCCUGAUAUUGCAUUUAAAGUAUUUUGACUACCGCUCCGAUGGUUGCACAAAAAUCUUGAAGAAGGUGGAGUUCCCCGUGGAACUGAAGAUUGAUGCCAAAAUCCUCGGCUCAAAGAAGACCUCACAGAAGCAGCGCGCCUAUCGCCUGUUCGCGGUUGUCUACCACGACGGCAAGGAGGCCUCCAAAGGGCACUACAUCACGGACGUGUUCCACACGGGCUACAGCAGCUGGCUGCGCUACGACGACAGCUCGGUGAAGCCGGUCAGCGAGAAGCACGUACUCCAGCCGCAUACGCCGCGGGUGCCUUACCUGCUCUACUACCGCCGCUCCGACACUCUGCCACCGCAGCAGCAGCAACAACAGCAGCAGCAAUCCCAGCAGCAGCAGACCACCAACGGCGGUGGAUCGGGAGUGGUGGGCAGCUCCUCAUCAUCAUCGAAUGCCGGGGACAACAAGUGAAGGCCAGGCGUUGUAGAAAUACAUCAGAACUUUAAGUGUUAGGCGAUAGAGAGCGAGAGCGUAUAUAUUUUUUUGUGUCAGUGCGAGUCAGUGUGAGCGAGAGUGCGAGUUUGGUUUUAUAUGCAUAUACUUAUACAUAUACAAAUUAACAAUUAGAUAUAUUCGAGCGGUAUAUAUUUAAGCCCAAAGUCCAAAGCGCAUGUCCGUGUGUGAGAGUGCGAUUGUGUGAGAAAGAAACUUAGCUCUAAGCUAGACUAGAAUUAAGCAACAUUAGAAGCAGAAACAUAGGCAUCAUAAGCAACAUAAGCAACAAAACUCGUUGGAACGAAAACUUUGUACAAAGAGUGGGAGGAAGAGAAGCUCUGUAAACUAAACAGCGAGCAAAUUAUCAUAUUAUCAUAGUGCUAAAUCUACAAACUCUUUCAUUUAUCUGAGGCACAAAAAGCUCUCCCAGCCGUUAUAGUGCAUCAUAGUUGUUAGGAAAGAAUUUUUAUUUCGAUAUGUUCGAUUAUGACAAACGCUUAGAGCUGUAAAUAUACACAAAUAAUCAUAUAUUGUAGUUGAUCAGUUUCGCGGCAUGCAGCAUGCAUUUAGACAAACCAACCCAGCAACAAUAUAUCGAAUGCUUUGAUUAUGCUUUAAAGAAAUCUACAUUUAGAACCAGGGUAUGUUCGACACAAAAAGUAAAUAGGUAGGCAGUGGUGUGGUCAGAGUAAUAGCUGGAUAAAUCACGAAAUCCAAGAGCCAAAUUGAUUUACUUUGAAAAUGGUCUAGAAGACCAAAAUCAGCUAGAAUCUUCCCUUACUAAAGUCUUGAUUGUUUCAUCGAGUUUUUGCUCAUAUAGAAGUGUAAAAGUUUUUAAUAAUCGGCUAAUUGCAAAACAAAAAUUUAAAGUAAUGAGCAGCAAUCUUCAGGCUAUUAUUAUGUGGGCCACAACUGUGCGUUUCAUUAUUUCGUACACGUUUAUAAGCAGAUUGUAAGUUAACAGCGCGGUCAUUUUGUAAUUUAUUUUAUAUGUUGUUUAGUUUUACACGCAAUCAGUUAAGCCAGUUAACAAGCAGAUUCAUAUACAUAUUGUUAUUCAUAGUUAGUGAAACUUUUUUGGGAAUUCGUUGUUUGCCUUCAUGAUAUUCGAGUUCUUCUUAACUUGCUUUUCAUAGGUCUAGAGCAUUUAGUUUGUAUUUGUACAUCGUGUUAGAGAAUUCUGUUGGGAUUGAAACGAAAGAUUUGAAAGGGAAAAAUAAUUAAUUGUAAUCGGGUCAGAACUAAAACUAAUCAAUCAUACUAGUUGAUAGCUAUCUAACAAACGUAUACACCCAUAUAUAUUUUCUUAAGCUAUAUAAACGCAUAUAUAUUAUUUAUAGAUAUCGUGCCAAUGUUAAAACAUCUAAAAAAUUUACUACAAAAAAAAAGGAACUUGAAUAAGAAAGCUAAUUAAUUGUCACAGCUUUGUAUAGUCAGCGGCUAAACGAGAAAGGAAUAUAUUCAAUUAAUCUAUUAA